AUGACAGGAGGGACGUGCCAGCUGGUGCCAGGCGGCAACACGACCAUGGACGUUCAAGACGGAGGAGGACUGGAGCUCUACCAACAGGAAACAAAUGCUAUGGGAAAAAAAAACACGUGCAUCGGGUUGAGGUUUGGGCAAGCCUGCGUUUUCCCUUUCACGUACGAGGGUGUCACGUACAACGGGUGCACCAAAGUCGCAUUCGCCCAGUUCUGGUGCUCUCCCGUUCCCAAUUAUAUUCUCGGGAGCGACGUGUACGAGCUUUGUCCCUUCUCCUGCCCCAUCAACGACCCUUGCUACGAGGCGAAACCAAAGGGUCCUGUGCCGAAGGGUGCAUACGGAUCACGUGAUCGAGGUGCAUCGAGGGAAGUGGAAGACGGUCUCCCCGACCGCCUCGGUUCCAGGAGACCGGUCCUGGUCCAUCCCGUUCCGCGGCUGCCUCCUCCACUUCGACGCCAUCCUCCUUUCGGGGUCUGCCUUUCGAACGAGAGCAUGCUCACUGGGGAGAGCGCGCCCGUCCACAAGACGCCCGUGGACGAGGAUCAUUCCGAGAAGAGAUUCGACAGGAAGGUGCACACGCGUCACGUGCUGUUUGUGGGGACCCAAGAGAUGAAGACCCGGCUUUACAAAGGGGAGAAAGUGAAAGCCCUGGUCGUGGGGACGGGUUUUCACACUCAGAAGGGCUUCCUCAUCCGAUCCAUCCUCUAUCCGAAUCCCGUGGAUUUCAAGUUUCAGACCAAACGCCUAUCGAUUCAUUGUGGGACGUGCCAGCUGGUGCCAAGCGACAACACGGUCAUGAACGUCCAAGCCGGAGGAGGGCUGGAGCUCUACCAACUGCAACCGCUGACCAAUGGUGAGCCCAACAAGUGCAUCGAACUGAGGUUCGGGGCAUCCUGCGUUUUCCCUUUCAAGUACAAUGGGGUGACGUACAACGGGUGCACCAAGGUCGAAUUCAACAAGUUUUGGUGCUCCUCCACUUCUACAUACAUUUUUCUCUCUAAUACAGAGGGACGUCAGAAAAAGGAACAAGGGACGGAAGAACGUGAAGGGAGGGAGGGAGGGAGGGAGGGAUGGGAGAAGGUGGAGGGAAGGAAGAGGGAGAAGACGUGUCGAUUUGAAACCUCAAUUGGCAAAUAUUUGCGUGGGCUCCGAUUUGGCGUGUCGAGAUUGCAGCGAGAGGACUCACGCGGAAUGAUCGGGCACAAAUGGUUCCUUCUCCUGUUUGUAUCACUUUCAGAUGGUGUCACGAGGGAGACAGAAGAAUAG